AUGCGUUUUGGAGGACAGGCGACGUCAGCGGAAGAGUUCUGGCUAGGGAACGACCCCCUACACUACCUCACCUCUCAAGGCGACUACAACCUAAAGAUCAACAUGGAGGACUUUGACGGAAACCAGCGCUUCGCCAAGUACAAAAACAUGAAAGUGGAUGAUGAAAAGAACCAGUAUAAGCUUCAUCUGGGUGAGUACACUGGCAAUGCGGGGGACGCCCUCCCCGAAGCCCACCCCUCACCCAGUGGGCAGUGGAACAGUCUAGGGCCCGGUCAACUGGGAGUCAAGUUCAGUACCUACGACCAUCCCAACAAGGACGAUGAGAAGUGUAUCCGCCAUGACAUGUCAGGCUGGUGGUUCAGCAAGUGUGAGUCUGGCAACUUGAACGGUCACUACUACAACGGGCCGUACCAAGCGGUGAUGGAUGACGGGUUGGUCUGGUACACCUGGCACGGCUGGUGGUAUUCAAUCAAAUCCGUAGUCAUGAUGAUCCGGGCCUCCGACGUCCAUCCGGCUGGAUCCAACUGACACAGAACACCAGACGACAUCGAUCCUGUUAGAGUUUUGCCUCAAUUAGGAUAGGCUAAAGGUGGCGUUAGUCAUAGAGAACAUCCAAUCAUAACAAUUUUGAUGCUAAUUGAGGUAAAACAGUAAUUCUGCUCAUAGAUUAUAAAGGAUUACAUUUUAUUUCAUCGUCAAUUGCACACCAAAAAUGUAUUUCAGCUUUUACCCAACCCCUUUGAAUCAGAGAGGUGUGGGGGGCUGCCACAUUGGGUUCCAGGGGAGCUGUUUGUUGUGGGGGGGUCAUGCCUUGCUCAAGGGCAGAACAGAUGUUUUAUCUUGUUGGCUCAGGGAUUCCAACUGGCAACGUUUUAACUUGCUAGGCCACCUGCUGCUAGCCCAUAUGCAUAUGAACUACACAUCGACACAUCCAGCCCAAAGCAGGAGGUUUAAAACAUACUUUCUUAGUCACCAAUGUAGCAUGUCUAACUGUUAAAAAUAACAACGUGAAUGUGACCGUUGGGUGAUUUUUACAUGUUUUCUUUUAUAAAUAAUGGUACAAUGUGUGUACAAUUGUGUACUUUCCACUCAAAUAUUUUCUGAUUGUGACAAUUUGAAUAAAAUGUUAACUAUGA